UCAGACUGGGGGGCAUUUUACCCCACCCAUGGGGGCGUUUCCCCCACUCUACCCUAUAAUUGAAAAUUAUAGGUUAUUAUUACAGCACUGUAAUAAUUUUGAGUCAUUUUAAACACGCGGUGGCGCUAUUGACACGUUUAUCCGUGAGAUCUGUGGGACUGCGUUCACUGCAUUGAAUUGCACUGCUCACAGUUUAACUGCAUAGUAACUCCAGACACAGUCAGAGAGGACAUGCCUCAUUGCACACUUGCAAUUUUUGCAAUGUCAACACUUUAAUCUCACUGUGUGUGGGUGUAGCGUAAUGUUUCACUGUUGUUUUGCACUAUAUUUCACCUUGGGUAAAACGCAUCAGCGAGUCUGACUCAAUCCUUUAUCUGUCUACUUUUCUCUAAUGCUGUUAAUGCUGUGGCUUAUACAGCCUUCAGUAGCAUAUUCAAUAAAUAAACAAGACUGCAAACUUGCUAUAAUUACAGUAUGGACGGUUUUAUCUAGCUUACCUGAGCCACUUUGUUCGUCCCCUCAAAUCUUUUCGGAAUUUUUAGACAACUUUAAAAACACGAACGAGGCUAAUUUAUAUGCGAAUAUAUUAGAUAUGCUGUCAUUAUGCUAAUCUGUCUUUAUAAAACCCUCAGCUCAGAUAAAGACGAAAAACAGACACUUGUCCACAAUGGGUUAAUCAGUUGACGUCUCUCAGUUGAGAGUCCCUCGCACGCGCUAAAUCUGAAGAGCACUUCAAAGAGGGAUUCACAUCACCACACACAUACACACUCACAAAUCAAACUGCAGACGAACAAACUAAGAUAUUGAGCUUUUGGUAAAAGAUCGACUCUACUUUGGGGCUGUAUAAAACUUUAAUAAGAACAAACUGCCAUAAACAAGAAGACCGCGCGAGCGAGGAGUCGCAUCAAUCAGGCUUCACACCUUCGCGCUGAUCGGACUCGGCGCGUUUCGUAAGUCAUCGCUGCGCUAUUGAACAGUCACUCGGACACUACUUUCCAAUAAAAACCUAUUUCAAAAGCAGCCUUUCCUGUCCCGAGCACAUUUAUCAAUAUCACUGACGCCUUCGGGACCUUCUCCAGCUGUGCCGUCAUAAACCCCGCUGGUUACCGUCACUUUUCAACAUGAUCAACACCUUUUGUCAAGGGUAGUUGAGAGCAAUGGCACCUUCUUGUAAACCCUGCGAACUGGAUAUUUGCUUCUCACACCUCAAGUAAGAGUCAAAGACAAUUUUCUGUAGUCAAGAUGCAGAUUCUUUCAGCUGUUUUGCUGCUGUUCUGUUUGCACAAGUGUUGUUGGAAGGUCACAUGCAGAAGAGCCCAUAUUCCAGAGGUGGGGCUCGUGGACUGGGGGGAGGCUGAAAACGAGGAGCACCCCUCGCCCAAAAGCGCCAGCCCCCGCGUUCUCAACCCCCUGCGCCUUUUCGCCCGGGGGUCCCCUGGGUUCAAGAGCAACAGGAGGGAGAUUACAUAUUUGGAAAACAUUGAGGACUCUUGGGACUGGUUAUCUAACCAGACAGAUGUCAGAGAGGCGCAGAGCAGGACUAAACGCAGACCCAUCGUGAAAACGGGCAAGUUUAAAAAAAUGUUCGGCUGGGGUGACUUCAACUCCAACAUCAAAACUGUGAAACUCAAUCUCCUCAUUACAGGCAAGAUAGUGGACCACGGCAACGGCACGUUCAGCGUUUAUUUCCGCCACAACUCCACGGGCCUGGGGAACGUCUCCGUAAGCCUGGUGCCGCCUUCCAAGGUGGUGGAGUUUGAGAUCGCCCAGCAGUCCACCCUGGAGAACAAAGACUCGAAAUCUUUCAACUGUCGUAUCGAGUACCAGAAAACAGACCGCAGCAAAAAGACUUCACACUGCAGCUAUGACCCGUCCAACACGUGUUACCAAGAAUCCACCCAGAGCCACGUGUCCUGGCUCUGCUCGAAGCCCUUCAAAGUCAUAUGCAUCUACAUCGCCUUCUACAGCACUGACUAUAAACUGGUGCAGAAAAUCUGCCCCGACUACAACUAUCACAGUGACACGCCGUACUCAUCCACGGGUUAAGAUCCAUCCUAGACAGUGAGAACGGUCAAGCUCAUUCUCACCAUGUGUUUCAUCUGAUUUAGAAGCAAGGCUACACUACUGGCAUCGGCCUAUUGUGAUACGGCAGUCCCGACGUUUGAUGGCAAAAUAACUGAUCAGCGCUUUUGUUUUUGGCUUUAAACGUCUCACAUCCAUCCCACGCAUCCCAGUUCCAUUGGGAAUUUGUUUUCCGAAAACAGACCAUCUUUCGCUACCUGUCAAGCUAAUAAAGCACAGACCCACAGAGGAUAGAUUAUACGUGAAACACCUUUUUAUUGUGAGGUUUGUGUGUGUGUGUGUGUGUUAGUGUGGCCUCUUGUUCAGCACUAAAUUGUUUGAAGCAUUCAUGCAGUUGUCAAGAUAAGUGCGAACAGGUUAAAUCAUUCAGAAGAGACAUCACUUACAAAUUACUCUUAGUUAUUUCGCAUUUCACAAAAGAUCUAUGUGUGAAUUGAGAUUUGUGUAUAAUUUCAAAGAGUAAUUUGCCAUGUCUCACGAGAGCACAAUUCAUUGGACAGGUGGAUUUAGUGAAUCUGGCAGCCGGUUAACAACCCUUUGUCAUGGUCUCGCCACAGAGAUCCACAUUUCCAGGCUCUAAUUAACAUUAAUUAUAGUGGGAAAUUUCACUUACAAACCAUGACAGAGGGGCCCGGAGCCAAAAACUGAAAUUUAGCAUGUCAGUCAUGUAGCAAACCUCUAUUCAGGCCAGUGACUUUGGACUGGAAUCAAACUCUUCCGUGUCCUCUGUUCCUGGAAAAGUGAAAAAUGUGUAAAUACAGACAUUUAUGCAAACGCACAUGAGGGUAAUUUAAUACAAUAUGCGAGGCUACCUUGAAUUGAGUCUUUCAUAAUUUAAAACGGUAUAUGGAUAUCAUUUGAAGGAAUCAUUUUUGCUUGCACAUUAUAGUCUAAAUGUCAGUGUGUCACAAUGAACCAGUUGAAAUGCCAUAGUCUGAUAAUCAGAACUGGAAUUCUCAGGUUCCAUGUGUGUGUGUGUGUGUGUGUGUGUGUGUGCCAAACAGAUUAUGGCCGUUUAUUUCAUUUUUCCCAUAUCAAGGGUGACCGAUCUGGAUCGCAGUUCUGCUCGAAUUGAAAAAUCAGAUGAAUAAUUAACUGUACUGAUACUCUAAUUGUCUUGCCACAUGAACAUUCGCAUCAAGAACAUGUCGAUACAAAGAUAGCUGUUUAUAAUUGUAUUUAGUUUAUAAUCCCGUGUGCAAUUUUGUGAAUAGUGUAUAAAUGUGACUAUAAAACCGUGUGUAUUUUGCCUUUAACAGAUUAAUUUGUUUCUUUAAUCUAUCAAUCCAGCAUAAACAAUUUUCCUACUUUUGGUGUUUGACAGUUAUAUCAAGUAGAUAUAGAUUUGAGUCAUCUAGCUCGUCAUGGCUUUAUUUUUCAGCAAAAUGUAUGCUUUGUUUGUCUUCAAUAUCUGUAAAAUACAAAAAAAAAAAAUACCUGUGAGCUUCCAGCUCUCUUUUAACCCUCUAUGGUACGCAUUCACACUGAUUUGCUAUGAAACCAUUUUCACUCAGAAAUUACUAGUGAAUUUCACAAAGAAAGACACAAAUGGUUUUAUCUUGAAAAACACUUUACAGUGUGGAUAAUUUCUUCUCUGAUUAUUAAAUUCUUGUUUCUUUUAUAAAUCAUUGCACACCUUUAUUUGCACUUAAAUAUUUCUCUAAAAACAUUAAUAAAGCAGUUUAUAGAGCACUUUGAUGUGCCUCCAUGUGGCUUAAAAAAAAUUAUAUUGCUGGUUUCUUUUUAAAACGUCCUUUUAUUUCAAACAUUGUCAUAGUUAUUUUUUCCAGUGAAGGAAAAACGAUGCUGCCAUAUAGCAAAACUGCACCAUAGAGGGUUAAUUUAUUGCUUUUAUUUAGUAUGACUGUCACACGAAGCAUAUCCAGACAGUUUAAUGUGAGAUUUGUAGUGAAACAUCUGCAUAUCUGCCGUCGUUUUUAUGACCGCAUAAAACACUGAUUCUACAGUCAGUAAAAUAUCCUGCAAAAUCACAUGACCUCUGGAUAAAAACAUGACAUCCUGUGAUAUGUGCUUCAUUUCA